CCUAUUCAUAGUUUAUUGAGUUUUUGUUUGUUAUUCCUCAGCUGGAUAUUAAAAUCUAGAACAUUCGAUCGUAACCUUCGACCUUUAUGAACGAGAGUGUGCACCGCGGGAACGGCCAGAGAGAACUGACUGCGAAGAAAAGGAGGUUUAAAAGUAUCGAAUAGAUAGAUAAAGAUAAUGUCACAGGACGAGAGAUUCGACGGGAUGCUGAUGGCCAUGGCCCAGCAGUGCGAGGGAGGCAUUCACGAGAUGUUAGACGUCAUCUUUAGUUUCCUGGAACGGAAGACAGAUUUCUACGUAGGAGGCGGGGAUGGAGCAGCUGAAAAGAUUAUCAUGGAAAAGUUCCGCACGUACAACAAAACAGCAAUGAAGAAGAAGAAAGAGCAGGAUGUGGAGAAGAAGAGAAUAGAGGCAGAAAGAAAGAAGAAAGUGGAGGAAAAAAGAAGGAAGGAAGAAGAGGAGAGAAGAAAAGCAGAGGAAGAGCCCAAAAUAAAAGAACUAACAGAUGAAGAAGCAGAGAAAUUGCAAGCUGAGCUUGAUCAGAAGAAGGAAGGAGGCCAGCAGAACACUGAGAGUGAGAGUGCACCUGCUGCUAAAGAUGAAGAGAAAGAAAAGUCUGGGAGUGAUGAAGAGGAGGAUGAAGAAGACAAAGGCAAGAUGAAGCCCAACGCUGGUAACGGAGCAGACAUGCCCAACUACAGGUGGUCACAGACACUGGGAGAAAUCGAGUUAAAAAUCCCCUUCAAUGUGACCUUCCCAGUGAAGAGUAAGGAUGUGAUCUGUGAGAUUAAGAAGCAUUCCCUGAAAGUGUCGCUGAAGGGACACCCGCCCAUCAUAGACGACAAGUUUCCUCACGAGAUCAAGAUGGAGGAGUCCUUCUGGACCAUUGAGGACAGGAAGAUGCUCAUGGUUCAUCUGGAAAAGGUGAAUCAAAUGGAAUGGUGGGACAGGAUUGUGGCCGCUGACCCACCAAUCAACACCAAGAAAGUUAACCCAGAGAAUUCCAAGCUGUCCGACCUUGAUGGAGAGACCAGAUCUAUGGUGGAGAAGAUGAUGUAUGACCAGAGACAGAAGGCCAUGGGACUGCCUACAUCAGAUGAGCAGAAGAAAGAGGAUGUCCUUAAAAAGUUCAUGGAGCAGCAUCCUGAGAUGGACUUCUCGAAGGCAAAGUUCUGUUAAAGACAUAAACAUCCUGAAAUGUCAAAUGAAGAAAGAUUGCUACACAAUCCACCAACUACAUGUAGAUGUAGACAAUGUUAUAGACACAUAGAAGAUAACAUUACCUAAAGCAAAGUAGAUAAAAAGGCAAAAAUUACACAACUGUGCUCAGACCCUUUUAAGUAGCACUACUUUUUUUGCCAAAAGAGUAUGACCUAAAGAAUCUGUGUAGAAAAUGUAAAGAAAGAUGUGUAGGAGAGGCCAAUGCUCAAUACGAAGAUCAAGUUCCAUGGUGCAUUUCAUACUUGUUGAUACUUUAUUUUUUGCAUUCCAAAAAAAUAGUUAACACAACAUCCUACAAAUGUACAUGUACCAGCAAAUAAACUAGUUGUAAUGAUGACACAACCAUCACACAUAGUUUAUUGACUAGUGGCUACAAAAUGGCUGGCUGUUCUAAUAGUAAUAGUAAUAGUUGUUUUCUUUUCUGUUUUCAUACUUUUAAUGUCACCAAUCUAUUGCAAAGAGAAAUCUGCUUCAUAUCUAUUGGUACAAGCAGUCGUCUUUGUACCAAGUUUGCUUUGGAAUAAACCAUGAUUCUUUUCA